AUGUAUGGUCAGUGGUACCUUUGUUCCCCAAAUCUAGCAGACCUUUAUAGGCUCUUGCACAAGGCUAGUCACAGAGGAUUCCCAGACAUGUUAGGCAGUCUUGACUACAUGCAUUGGGAAAGGAAGAAAUGCCCCACUGCUUGGGCAGGCCAGUUUACCGGCUACAAGCAUAAGCCAACUGUCGUUCUAGAGGCAGUGGCCUCAUAUGACACUUGGAUAUGGCAUGCCUUUUUUGGAGUUGUCGGAUCGAACAACGAUAUCAAUGUUCUAGCUCGUUCCCUAUUGUUCAAUGAUGUAGUGAAUGGAGUGUCUCCCCAUAUCCAAUAUGUUGUCAGUGGAAAUGAAUAUAAUCUGGGUUAUUACUUGGCUGAUGGUAUCUACCCUGGUUGGGCUACAUUGGCUCAAUGGGCAAUUGUUAGGGGACCUGCACGUAUGUGGCACAAAGAACAACUUUAUUCAAUCAUGAUGAUGUGCGUAAUAUUGCAUAACAUGAUUGUUGAGGAUGAGUAUGAGGAUCUAGAUGCAGAAUCUGAUGAUGAAGACAAUUGUCCAUGA